GAUCGGUGUUUGGGCGCACUGAGCUGGUCAGCUCGCGUUCUGCUUCUCAAACCCUGCCUUUCUCUGCAGGCGUCGCGUUUCCACCACCCCCAUCCCUUCCACCCAGCUACCCAGCCACCCAGCCCCUGCCACCGAGCUUCGGAUCCCUGUUCGGGGGCAGAGGCACCACUUCAUCCUUGGAAAAAGACGGUGCGAGCGCUUUCUCCGGCUCUUUCCUCGCCAGAAAAAGAAGAAGAAGAGAGAGGAAAAAAAAAAGCUUCGGCUCGGCAAAGCGGUCCAAGUUUACACACACACACACACCACACACACACACACCACACACCACACACACACACACACAGAGCCAUUCGUAGAAGGUUGCGAGGAGGAGAAGGAAGAAGAAGAAGAUAAGAUGCGGGGUUCGGCCUGGCGGAGGGGGCUCUAAAAGCACCUGUCACGCCGUCCGGAGCAGCGCUAAGAGCGAGCGGAGUUUUGGCAAGCCCAAGUGCAGGCAAGCCUCUUCCAGAGCGAGCCUCCUUUAAGGCAACGACGCCGCCACGCUCGUCCCGGAGGAGCCCAGAAUGAGCAAGCCGGCGGGAUCAACAAGCCGGAUUUUAGACAUCCCAUGUAAAGUGUGUGGUGACCGCAGCUCUGGCAAGCACUAUGGGGUUUAUGCCUGCGAUGGAUGCUCAGGGUUUUUCAAACGAAGCAUCAGAAGGAACAGGACUUAUGUCUGCAAAUCUGGAAACCAGAUGGUGGACAAGAUACAAAGGACGUUCUGGCAGAUAUUAAUGGGAGGCUGUCCAGUGGACAAGACACAUAGGAACCAAUGCAGAGCAUGUCGGCUGAAGAAAUGCUUGGAAGUCAACAUGAAUAAAGAUGCUGUUCAACAUGAAAGGGGACCAAGAACUUCUACCAUCAGGAAACAAGUAGCUCUGUAUUUCAGAGGGCACAAACAAGAUAAUGGAAGCACACCACACUUCUCCUCCGCAGCUCUACCUGCUCCAGCUUUCUUCACUGCAGUCACACAGCUGGAACCUCAUAAUCUAGAACUAGCCACAGUUUCUACAGCAUCUGAAAGGCAGAAUCUAGUUGGCUUAGCUCAGCCGACUCCAAAGUAUCCCCAUGAAGUCAGCGGCACUCCCAUGUAUCUGUAUGAAGUGGCCACGGAAUCCGUCUGUGAGUCUGCAGCAAGGCUUCUCUUCAUGAGCAUCAAAUGGGCCAAGAGUGUCCCGGCCUUUUCUACUCUCUCCUUACAAGAUCAGGCUAUCAAACCUGGGCUGCAAAUAUCAGAACAAUCAGUAGAUGGCAGCACAGAGCUGAUGCUUUUGGAAGAUGCUUGGAGAGAACUGUUUGUUCUAGGAAUAGCACAAUGGGCCAUUCCAGUUGAUGCUAACACUCUACUGGCUGUAUCGGGCAUGAAUGGUGACAACACAGAUUCUCAAAAGCUGAAUAAGAUUAUCUCAGAAAUACAAGCAUUGCAGGAGGUGGUGGCUCGAUUUAGACAGCUUCGGUUAGAUGCCACAGAAUUUGCCUGCCUCAAAUGUAUUGUCACUUUCAAAGCAGUACCUACACACAGCGGUUCUGAACUGAGAAGUUUCAGGAAUGCUGCCGCCAUUGCAGCUCUUCAAGAUGAAGCUCAGCUCACCCUGAACAGCUACAUUCACACGAGGUAUCCUACCCAGCCGUGUCGUUUUGGGAAACUGCUGUUGCUCUUGCCAGCUUUACGUUCAAUUAGCCCCUCAACGAUAGAAGAAGUAUUUUUCAAAAAAACAAUUGGGAACGUGCCAAUUACAAGACUGCUUUCAGAUAUGUAUAAAUCCAGUGACAUAUAGAUCAGACACGACGAAGAGAAGCCAGGUGAUCAUUUCUAAAGGCCUUUUUAACUAAUGGGAGAGCAAACAUCACAUAAUUCUACAAGAAAUGGAAUCCUGGAGACAUUUAAUCCAACAACAAAAUCGAUAAGAGAUCGUUUUGCAAGUUUGGGAGAAAAUACUGUUACAUAUUAAAGUGGAGCUUGGUUGAACUUGACAGCUGAUCCCAUCAUUGCAGCUUUGAUGCUGCCCGUUCCACUGUUGCUCCUAGAUCCAGGUUGGGAAAACCACAGUUUAACAGGGACAGAUAACAAGCUGAAGCAAAAGAAGCUCUACGGUUUGUUUAUUCCAUACUCUGAAAAGUUGGGUAACCAAACGUUGUUCUGUUGUAAUGUGUCAUGAGGUGGCCUUCAACGAUUUGUGUAUAUGUGUGUUUUUUUAACUAGUUUGUUGGUGAACCCUUUUUACAUGAAAGGAAACAUUGAAUACUAGGUUAUCCAAACAUUUGUGUCAGUUAUAACAUAAUAAAAGUGGCCUUUGCAAUGAAUUUUUAAGGGGUGUACUCUGGCAAAUACCUUUUGAAUUCAAAUUUGCCAGGCCUGCUAUUUAAGGUUUUUUUAAACCAAUCGUGGACUUCAUGCCUAAAUCUUGACAUCAUUUCAUUUCAGUUUAAUAUGUCAGACAGAAGAGCUUUAAAAAGAGUUUUCCUUUUUUUAGAAAAAUACACAUGAAGAGACUAAACAGCAAAACCAAAUAAAAAAAAAAAUAAUGGAGAGGACUGACACAGUGAAUUCAUCGCUGUUCCACUGGCAUAAGGCUGAAACCAAAGGCAAUGAUGCCCAAACUCUUUGUUAAUGAGAUGUAUAAGAAGGGACCCAUCUUACAAAAGAAUGGAAAAUAUUAUGAAUUAUUGAAAGAGCAGUUGAUCAAUACAUCAAAUGUUAACUAUCUUUGAGACGGUCUAGUCUGCCUGAUGCUGUCCUGGGAAACAUAUCAUUCCACUUAUGGGUCACGUUGGCUAGGACUAGAUGUUAAGGUGGGGAAGGCUGUUGUAGAUUUUUAAAAAAUACAUACAUAUAUAUAUAUAUAUGUAUUUAUAUAUAUAUAAACCUCCAGGUCCAUUAAAACCUUUCUCAUAUGCUUUCUAAUCCUCACCACCCCAAGCACAUUUAUGAGCUGCUUAAGUUGAUGAGAGUAUUAAAAUGUAGGGGGCGGGAAAUAACCACUGUACUUUUCAAGGUUUUUGUUUUUAGGAAAUAGCACUGAGAAAGGAAAAUCAGCACUUGAAAUAUCUUAGAAUGAAUAAACUUCUCUUGUACAAAAGUGCAUUAACUGAUUUGUGAAGUUAAGGUUGUAACCAUUGUAUUUACAAAGAAUAAAAAAAAUAUAUUA